ACACUAGAUUGAACCAGUUUAACAGAGUAACAGAGCUCAUGCCCUUGAUCCCAGCAAUAGAGUGGAAUAAACGAUAAGAGCGGUGUUUUCAGUAAUCAGGCUCAAGAAGUCAGUUUACCUAACGUUCCAGUUUUGGAUCAUCGAUUCCGAAGGAGAGAAAACACAAGGCAUGAAGAGCCCAAGAUUCUUCAGGUUCCAGCAAAAUCAGCAGUGGGGAUUCAGAAAGUUCAUCCCUCGACAUUCCCUCUUGGCCCAGGAGCCUUGGCUGCUCGAAGACAAUGAACUCAGCCUGAGAUGCAAGGUGACUGUGGCCCAAGACUCCUUAGGCUUCUCUGACGAGACCACGAUGCCAGGGAUCCAGGUUCCAAGGUGCACUCUGGCAGAUGAGCUAGGAGAGCUGUGGGAGAAUUCCUUCUUCACAGACUGCUGCCUGGUGGUAGCUGGCCAGGAAUUCCGGGCUCACAAGGCCAUCUUAGCAGCUCGCUCUCCAGUUUUCAGAGCCAUGUUUGAACAUGACAUGCAGGAGAGCAGAACAAACCGCAUUGAGAUCCACGACCUGGAGCCUCAAUGCUUCAGAGCAAUGAUGGGCUUCCUUUACACCGGGAAGGCACCGGAUCUCCACAGCAUGGCAGAUGUACUGCUUGCAGCUGCCGACAAGUACGGCCUGGAGCGUUUGAAGGUCAUGUGUGAGGACGCCCUCUGCAAGGACCUCUCCGUGGAGACUGCUGCCCACACUCUCGUCAUGGCUGACCUCCACAGUGCAGGGCAGCUGAAAACCCAGGUGCUGGAUUUCAUAACAGCUCAUGCUUCUGAAGUCUCUGAGACUUCAAGCUGGAAGACAAUGGUGGGCUCAUAUCCCCACUUGCUGGCUGAAGCAUACAGCUCCCUGGCUUCUGCUCACUGCUCAUUACUGGAGCCCCCUCCCAAACGCCUCAAGCAAUCUUAGGAUCCUGUCAGCUCUGACCUACAGGUGUAUUCUAUAAGCGGCAGCAGGCAUUGUUUCCAAGGACACCUGGGCAGACUACGGGACACUGUAGCAUUUUCAGAGAACCUGUGGAAAGACAGCAUGGGGGCUCAGGCCUUUCAUACGCCAGGAAAUAUGUGGAAUGGCAGUUUUGGGUAGGGAGAGCACUGCCU